AAAUCUAGGGACAAUCUGCAAGCACUCAACACCGGCACAGAACUCUGUUAGCAGGGAAGACUGAGGUAGUUGGAGAGAGAGAGGUUUGGAGAGGUAUUGUGCAGAUGAAGAGAGAAAAGUUUGGAUGAGAAGAAAAAAAACAAGAAACAAAUAGUAAAAAAGUUGAAGAGGAGAAAGAGAAAAAAGCAGAAGAAAAAGCGAGGAUUUGAAAAGUAAGCUGUGGUGAGUGAACUAACAAUGGGCUCCCCAGUGCGCUGUGCUGCUGCUGUAGUUGUCUCACUACUGGGUCUCCUCUACUAUAGUCCCCCUGUAUGGGGCCAGGAGCUACAGGAGAGGGACGCUCUGUGCAACGAGGACGGCUGCUUCGUGGUCUACUUCCAGCGCAAGACCUUCCUGGACUCCUGGAGGAGCUGCAAGGAGAAGGGAGGCAACCUGGCCACAGUCAAACUCCAAGAGGGGGCUGACGCUAUCGCUGCUCUCUUCUCCAGCGUGGAGCUACGGGGCCUCAGAACCAAGGUCCGGGUGUGGAUUGGUCUCCAGAGACAGCCUCGCCAGUGUACCGCCUCUCGCCCUCUCCGUGGGUUCUCCUGGAUUACGGGUGACCAGGAUACCCAGUACACCAACUGGCUGAGGGACGACUCACCCAGUACCUGUUCGGCCCCGCGCUGUGUGGUUAUGACCUAUGGCACAGCCGCCCACGAGCAGCAUGAUAAUUUUAAAUGGCUGGACGGCUCGUGUUCGGUGCCCGUGGAUGGCUACUUGUGCCACUACACCUACAAGGGCAUGUGCCCGGCUAUUUGGAGCGAGGGGGGCGGCAAUGCCCUCUAUAGUACCCCUUUCAGUCUCCUCAGUAGCCUUCUUACCCACGUGCCCUUUGGAUCUGUAGCCACGGUGCCCUGCCCGGGGGGCACCAAGGAGGAGCAGUCAGUGCUGUGUGUGCUGAGGGAGGAUGGCUCUGUGGGGUGGUCCAGGGAGACGCCCCUCUGCUCCGACACCACAGAGAAGAGCUGGUGUGAUCGGGACAACGGAGGCUGCGAGCAUUUCUGCCAGGAGGCCAGGGAACACUACUACUGUGAGUGCUCGGACGGCUUUCAGCUCGGUGACGACGGGCAGACAUGUGUUGCUGUCGACCCGUGCCACAGUGCCCCCUGUGAGUUCGAAUGCCUUCCGCUGUCGGACGGCUACCGCUGUGCCUGCCCUGAAGGAUACAUGCUGGACCCGGAUGAGCGUGGUUGCCUGGAUGUAGAUGAGUGCCUGCAGAGUCCCUGCGAGCAGCUGUGCGUCAACGCCCCGGGAACCUUUGAGUGCCGCUGCCGCCAGGGCUACCGGCCGGACCAGGAGGGCGACUGUGAGGAUGUGGACGAGUGCAUGGAUGACCCCUGUGAGCACGCCUGCGAGAACACGCCUGGCUCCCACAUCUGCCACUGCCACCUGGGCUUCUCCCCCCUGCCCGAGGACCCCUCCCACUGCCAGGACACUGACGAGUGUCAGAUCCCUGGGACAUGUCAGCAGAUGUGUGUGAACUACGAGGGGGGCUUCGAGUGUUACUGCGAGGUGGGCUACGAGCUACUCUCUGACCAAUUCUCCUGCAGGAAGAUAGGAGAGGACUCACCCACCGCAGUCACGCCCUCGUACCCCUGGGUCACCGGCCAACCUGGUUCCAAGUGGGACCCCCAGCAGACCUACACCGACUGGCCCCUGGAGGAGGAAGAGUCCCUGGACUGGCUCACAGACCCUCCCAGGCUGGAAAGUGACAUCAUCUGGGUCACCAGCGCACCCCAGGAGGAGCCAGUCCUAAACCACAACCCAUUCCUGCCCUUCCCCACGGAAGAGCCUGAGGAGGAAGAGGAGGAGGAGGAAGAAGAGGAGGAGUAUACACCUGGCUGGGACAUCAUGAAUUGGAAUGUCCCAGCCAAGGUCCAGCCAGAGUUGGAACCCAUGCCCAGUCUCUCUCCCAGCCCCACAUCCGACACAAUCCCCACCCCAACACCCACAUCUGACAGGUAUUGGUUUGAGGAGGAUGAGGAGACCACUACCAGUCCCUCAGUCCUCCCCACCUCCACUAUCUCGGGAGGGGCCUGGAACUGGUUCUGGAUCAGUUCCACCCCCACCAGCCAGGACCAAGGACUUACGACGUGGCAGGAGCCAAUCACUGACCAGUAUGUCCCCGCAUCCAACUAUGAUGAAGCUGAUGAGAAUGAGGAAGUGGGGGUAAUUGACGAUGGGUGGGUGACAUCCCCCCCAGAGAUGGACCAGGACCCAGGCCAGCACACCCCCUCCCUGCCUUUCCCCCUGGCUCCUCAAACCCCCCUCACACCCAACCAGGGAGUGGUGGAGGUGGAGAGGGAGGAUGAGAGGGAGCCGCCCCAGGAGGAUGUGUUGGAGGUGGAGGAUGAGAGGGGGCCGCCCCAGGAGGACGUGGUGGAGGUGGAGGAUGAGAGGGAGCCGCCCCAGGAGGAUGUGGUGGAGGGGGAGGAUGAGAGGGGGCCGCCCCAGGAGUACGUGGUGGAGGGGGAGGAUGAGAGGGAGCCGCCCCAGGAGGACGUGGUGGAGGGGAAGGAUGAGAGGGAGCCGCCCCAGGAGGAUGUGGUGGAGGGGGAGGAUGAGAGGGGCCGCCCCAGGAGGACUUGGUGGAGGGGGAGGAUGAGAGGGGGCUGCCCCAGGAGGACCCAGGAGGAUGUGGUGGAGGUGGAGGGGGAGGAUGAGAGGGGGCCGCUCCAGAAGGACGUGGUGGGGGUGGAGGAUGAGAGGGAGCUGCCCCAGGAGGACGUGGUGGGGGUGGAGGAUGAGAGGGAGCCGCCCCAGGAGGACGUGGUGGGGGUGGAGGAUGAGAGGGAGCCUCCCCAGGAGGAUGAGGGGGAGCCUCCCCAGGAGGUUGAGCGGGAGCCUCCCCAGGAGGAUGAGAGUAUCCAGAAGCAGGAUGGUGCCAACUGGCUGCUGGUAGGCCUCCUGGUGCCCCUUUGUAUCUUCAUCGUGGUGAUGGUGGCACUGGGCAUCGUCUACUGUACCCGUUGCGUUGUCACGCCGCGCAAUAAGUCCGCCACCGACUGCUACCAUUGGAUCUCCGGGGCGCACGACAAGCAGGGCGCGUCCAAUCCCAGCAAGGGGAUGCAGUCACAUGUUUAA